CCUAUAUAAAGGUGCGCUCAGUCCUGGACCCUCGCAGCCUUCAUCAUGAGCUCCUACAGCUUCGAUCCAUACUAUUCCUCCUACAAGCGCCGGGUGGUGGAGAGCAGCCCCCGGAUCCACAUCAGAAGCAGCUAUGCCUCCCCCAGCCGGACCAGCUUCUCCCCAUCCGUCUCCUCCGUCCGCAGGAGCUACACCUCGUCAUCCAGCCUGCUGCCCAGCUCGGACUCCUACGACCUGUCCCAAGUGGCCGCCAUCAGCAGUGACCUCAUGGUAGUGCGCACCCAAGAGAAAGCCCAGCUCCAGGACCUGAAUGACCGCUUCGCCAACUUCAUCGAGAGGGUCCACGAGCUGGAGCAGCGCAACAAGGUGCUGGAAGCCGAGCUGCUCCUCCUGCGCCAGAAGCACAGCGAGCCGUCCAGACUGCGCGACCUGUACGAGCACGAGGUGCGGGAAUUGCGCAUGGCGCAGGAGGAAGCCACGGGGGACCGGCAGAGUCUGCGCGGGGAGCGGGAGCGGCUGGAGGAGGCUCUGCGGGGUUUGCAAGCUCGGUACGAGGAGGAAGCCCUGAGCAGGGAGGACGCCGAGGCCAGGCUGAUGGAGCUGAGGAAGGAGGCGGACGGGGCAGCGCUGGCCCGGGUGGAGCUGGAGAAGCGGAUGGACAGCUUGCUGGAUGAGAUCGCCUUCCUCAAGAAAGUGCACGAAGAGGAGCUGGCGCAGUUGCAGGCGCAGGUGCAGUACGCGCAGAUCUCGCUGGAGGUGGACGUGUCCAAGCCGGACCUGAGCUCGGCGCUGCGCGAUAUCCGGGCGCAGUAUGAAAAGCUGGCCGCCAAGAACAUGCAGUCCGCGGAGGAGUGGUUCAAGUCCCGAUUCACCGUACUGACGCAGAGCGCGGCGCGGAACACGGACGCGGUGCGCGCAGCCAAGGAUGAGAUGUCCGAGAGCCGCAGGAUGCUCAAGGCGAAAGGGCUGGAGAUCGACGCUUGUAAGGGGGUGAAUGACUCUCUACAGAGACAGAUCCAGGAGCUGGAGGACAAACAGAGCUCAGAGAUCCAAGGCAUGCAGGAUGCAAUAAAUGGAUUGGAAGAUGAGUUAAGAAACACUAAAAGCGAGAUGGCAAGGUAUUUGAAAGAAUACCAGGACCUACUGAAUGUGAAGAUGGCUUUGGACAUAGAAAUUGCUGCAUACAGGAAAUUAUUGGAAGGUGAGGAGACCCGACUGAGUUUCUCCAGCGUUGGUGCUAUUACCAGUGGUUACGUGCAGAGCAGCCCUGUGUUUGGUCGCUCUGUGUACAGCCUGCAGAGCAGUUCAUACAUGCCCUCCCGUACAUUCCCUACCUACUAUACCAGCCAUGUCCAAGAAGAACAGCUAGACAUAGAGGAGACAAUUGAGUCAUCUAGAGCAGAGGAGUCCAAAGCAGAGGCCCCAGGAGAAGAAGAAGAAGAGGUCACAGAAGAAGAGGAAGGAGGAGAGGGUGGAGAGGAAGGCGAAGAGGAUGCUGAGCAAGAAGGUAAGAAUUGGUGCAUUGACGAAGAGGAAGCUGAGGAAGAGGGUGAGGAAGAAAAAGAUGAAGAGGAAAAUGCAGAAGAAAAAGAAAGCUCAGAUAAAAAAUAAAAGCAAUAAUCCAGAAUGAAUAGAGGUGUUUCCCCAGCUACUAGAUUGUCCAUGCCAUCUCCCUUACGUUCCUCACAGUCUGUAGAUCACUUGUGCUUACAGCAGAGUCCUAAACCCACAAUGACCUCCCACGUUGUGCAUGGUUCAUACACGGGAGUUUAGAGCACAGAACGUAUUCUCAAUUCUAAAAAAAUGAAUCUACUGUGGACCUCUUUGGCACAAUAGGGGUUUAGAAUGACAUGCUAAGAGGUUAUAUUUGAGAGCAAUCCUAGGACAACAUUCUAAGAGUGAAACAGGAGCAUUCCAUUAUUUCCAUCGCGAUUGCUCUACUUCUAUAACUCACUCCUAAUUGGCUACCCCUUAUUUAUAGCACUUACUGACAUUUUAACUCCUUUAUUACCCAAGUAGCACACAAGGUGCAGAAGCCAAAUAUUCUUAUGAUGACCAGGACCCCCUUAUUAGUACCAAAUACAAUUCCAAAGUGUAACCCUUUUGAAGGAAAGGUGACUAUCUCGACUCUAAAAUAAUCGCAUAAAUUGAAGCAGCAUUUCCUUCUUCCUAAGAGAGGUCUGGAUCCUUUGCAUAUUCUGUUUGCUAGUGUUCCUUUGGCAGAAAAGAGAAAGACCCUUUGACAGAGAUCAUUUUCCUUCUCGCAAGCCCCCCUCUGGCACUGCAGGGUACUGGAGAGCUGCUAUGUAACUUAUUAUUGGUGGCUUUUAUGGAAAUGUGUUUCAUUCUUGCAAAUAAAGAGUGAAGAGAUCAUCCCAUCAUUGCAAGCUGCAAACAA